CAUGGGCAGCAUGUCUAAAGUGGAAUUCUUCAAAUUGAAAGCCAGACGAUUAGUGGGCGGAUGGCAAUGUUGCCCCUGUUGGAAUAAAUUCACUACUUACGUAGAAUGGUUCAUAAUGGAUGCCUUCGUCGAUCUCUUUAUCACACUGUGCAUACUAGCUAAUACAUUUUUCAUGGCUCUAGAUCAACACGGUAUGAGUUCGAGCUUGGAGAUUACUUUAAAUAACGGAAAUUAUAUAUUUACGGCCAUUUUUACGGCUGAAGCAAUUCUUAAACUGAUAGCCCUCAGCCCAAUUAAUUAUUUGAAGGAUCGAUGGAAUUGCUUCGAUAUAAUUAUUGUCAUCCUAAGUUUGAUUGAACUAGGUUUGGCGAACGUGAAGGGUUUGUCCAUAUUAAGGAGUUUUAGAUUGCUGAGAGUGUUUAAACUAGCCAAAUCAUGGCCAACUUUAAAUCUUCUCAUUGGUAUUAUAGGGAGAACAUUAGGAGCUCUUGGCAACUUGACUUUCGUUCUGAUAAUUAUCAUCUUUAUUUUUGCUGUUAUGGGUAUGCAACUAUUCGGUCAUAAUUACCAGCUAGAGGGUGUUGAAAAAUGCAAAUUUCGAGGUUGCGUAAUGCCCCGUUGGAAUUUUAUCGAUUCUCUUCAUUCGUUUAUGAUUGUCUUCCGUGUACUGUGUGGUGAAUGGAUAGAAUCAAUGUGGGACUGUAUGGUAGUCGCCGGCUACGUCUGCGUUCCUUUCUUCCUACUAACUAUGAUAAUAGCCAAUUUGGUUGUUCUUAAUCUUUUCUUGGCCUUGAUGCUGUCCAGCUUCGGAGCAGAGAGUCUACAACAAUCCCAAGAUAAUUCCGAACCGAAUAAAUUGCAGGCACGAUUCCCCCUCGAUUAA